AUGCGCGAGCUCUCCGUACCCGCACCAAAGCCUAGUUUAUUUCACCGUACAACCUUGGAGACGUUGCAAGGCUGGCACACAUGCUCGUGCAGAGCGCUCGUAUUAGUGGAACAAGACAACGCUAAGAAGUUCAUAGUCAAAUAUCGGGGCAGCCCCACCAACGAUAUCCGAAGGAACAUCACAGGGCUGCACUUUCCAAAGAAUCGAACUGUGAUUCUCGAUCUGUUAGACAGUCGCCUUGCCCAAUUGGCACCGGCUGACAAGGCCUAUAAGAUGCACGUGGGGAAGCUCGAGAUGAGACAGUCCAUUUUCUGUAUAUGCCCAGGUGGAUUGACACCUUCGUCGCAGAGGAUGUUUGUGGCAAUUGCGGCCAACUGUAUUCCCGUGAUCGUAAGCGAUCACUUGCAAUUGCCCUUUGAGGAUUUGAUAGACUACAAUGCCUUCACAGUGCGAAUCAGGGAGAGCAGGGUGAACCAGAUCCCUGAGAUACUCGAACGGUAUACUCCGCGUCGACUGAAUAGGCUACAGCGCAACUUGAAGGUAUACCGCACCAAACUUCUCUUCAACCAGCCGUACCCGCAGGAAGAUGAUGCCUUCUCGCUCAUACUAGACACCCUACUACGAAAAAAGAACGAACACCCAGAAUUGUACAUAAAUGAUACCAUUAAGUAAAUUUCUUGCGUGAC